CGCACACCACCAUGGGCUGCUGUAACAGAAGGUGCGGGCUGAUAGCCGGAGCUGUGUUCGGGGCGGCGGUUGCCAUCCUGGGAGGCGUCCUCAUCCCGGUGGGGAACAGCAUCAUUGUGGGGACGGUGAUGAAGGAAGCCGUCAUAGAGCCUGGAACGACAGCUUAUGACAACUGGGUGAGUACAGGGGGAAAGGUGUACAGGCAGUUCUGGUUCUUUGACGUGCAAAACGCUGAGGAGAUUUUGAAGAACGGUUCGACUCCAGUGGUCGUGGAAAGAGGACCUUACACGUACAGGACAAGAUAUCUCCCCAAAGAGAACGUCACAUUCUACCCCAAUCAAACGGUCUCCUUUCUGGUGCCCCUGGGCGCCAUCUUUGAGCCGUCCAUGUCCGUGGGACCAGAGGAAGACAAAAUCACCUCGCUCAACCUGGCUGUGGCUGGGGCUUAUUCACUGGUUCCGAAGUUUUUUCAUUAUAUGCUGGAGAAUAUGAUAAAGAAAAGCAACUCGUCCUUGUUCCAGCACCGUACGGUCAAAGAAUUGCUGUGGGGUUACCUAGACCCCAUGUUGAAAGAAACUAUGGGCGCAUUUGCACCAUACAAUGGUACAUAUGAUGGCUACUUCAAUGUCUACACUGGAAAGGAGGACAUCUCAAAAGUGGGAAUAAUUGACAGGUGGCGAGGAGAGAGGAGCUUACGUUUCUGGGACGACAAGUACUGUAACAUGAUCAACGGGACAGAUGCUUCGUCAUUCCCUCCCUUUGUGGACAAGAAGAAGCCUCUCUAUUUCUUCUCAUCAGACAUCUGCAGGUCUGUGUCAGCUGGCUAUCAGGGGACCCUUGAUCUGAAAGGGAUUGAUGUGUAUCGCUUCAGCCUCAUGCCAGACACCCUGGCCUCUCCUACGGUCAACCCAGACAACCAAUGUUUCUGCAGGGACCCGAAGACCACCAAGAACUGCACCCUGGCUGGAGUCCUGGACAUCAGCACCUGUCAAGACAAAAGACCUAUCUACAUCUCCCUGCCCCACUUCCUCCAUGGCAGUCCGUACCUACGAGAGGCCGUGCUGGGCCUCAAUCCCAGCGAGGUGCACCACGCCACCUACCUGGAUGUGGAACCUACAACUGGGUUCACCUUGAGGUUUGCCAAGAGAAUUCAAGUGAAUAUGAUGUACGGACCAUCGAAGAUCAUCACGGUUCUUAAGAAAGUCAAGGAUUACACCAUAUUCCCUGUUGUUUGGCUGAAUGAGACGGCUGCUCUGGAUGACGAAACCGCGGACAUGUUUAAGAAGGAGCUCAUCUCCCGUAUCCAGAUGUUGGAGAUUAUACAGAAGGCCCUGCUGGGAACAGGUGUGUCCAUCUUCGUCCUGUGUCUCAUCUCCUACUGCAUGGUGAGGAGGAGCGAAAGCAAGAUCGCGUGA